CAACAGUGUAAGUUUAGGCUCCACUCCUGCGCCCUCUUGUGGUUCCUAACAGUGACACACGCCGGCUGUAGUUUCCGGUAGUAUGGCGUCUGCAUCCCUAAAUGCACCCAUUGCCUCUCCUUAGUUUCUCCAAGGAGGUGCUGAGAGCCAGUGUGGUUCCUUCCAUGUGGCUUGAGGGACUAUGCUGCUGCUGGUAGCUCUGUGCCUGGUCUGCACUUAUAAAACCAUCUCCGCCACAGACAGCAGGCAGGACAGCAGCCGCACACCACAGCUGGACUACAGCAGCCUGGCGCUGCCUCAGCAGCAUAUUCCUUUCUUUCUGCACAGCAACAAAAGACUGGCCAAACUAUGCAAGGAGGACCCGCUUUGCCCUUUUGAAGAUGCUCUGCUGCUCCAGAAGGCUUGCUGGGGGUAUGAAAAGAGCUGCUCCCCUGAGCACAGGUUCAGCUAUCCUGUGUGCACCAGUUUUGACUCGGGAUGGGCAAACUCUAUUCAGGCUGCCCAGGAACUGUUCUGGAAGCAGGCAGAUUUUGGCUAUGUGAGGGAGCGUCUCAGUGAGUUGAAGACUUUGUGCAAGCCUUUGAGUCCUGGUGAUUCCUCUCUGAAGUGCACCAGUCAUAUGCGGUUCUGUAGGGCCAUAAACCUGUAUCUGGACCUGAGGAGUCCCCGCAGAGGUCAUGAGAGGUAUAAAGAGGAUUUCCUGGAACAGGGUGAGAUCGGUGGUCACUGCAGCCUUAAUAGUAAAGCACUAGCUGCAGAAGGGACGCACAAGAGUCCUCUUCAGUCUUGGUUUGCUGAACUGCAGAUGUACUCAGAGCUUGACUUCCAUCCCAUGGAUGAUGGGCAUUGUGAUGUUAUAAUCGACAGACCAACCGUCUUCAUGAAGCUGGACGCAGGAGUGAACAUGUACCAUCAUUUCUGUGACUUUGUCAACCUCUACAUCUCUCAACACCUCAACAAUUCCUUCAGCCGUGACAUAAACAUUGUCAUGUGGGACACAAGUUUGUAUGGAUAUGGAGACCUGUUCAGUGAAACAUGGCGGGCUUUUACCGAUGGUGACAUCAUUCACCUCAAAACCUUUGACUCCAAAAGGGUGUGUUUUAGAGACGCGGUUUUCUCACUCCUUCCAAGAAUGCGUUACGGCCUUUUCUACAACACCCCUCUUAUCUCUGAUUGCCAGAGCGAAGGGCUGUUCAAGGCGUUUUCCCAGCAUGUCCUGUAUCGACUUGGUGUCCCACAAGAUGGGCCGAAGGAGGGCCGAGUCCGUGUCACACUGUUGGCAAGAAGCACUGAGUACCGUAGGAUAAUAAACCAGCAGGAGCUUAUCAAUGCCCUGAAGACUGUGCUUUUAUUCGAGGUCAAGCUGGUGGAUUACAAAUACAAAGAGAUGCCGUUUCUGGAGCAGAUCCGUGUCACACACAACUCUGAUAUCUUCAUUGGGAUGCAUGGAGCCGGACUGACCCACCUCCUCUUUCUUCCCGACUGGGCCGUCAUAUUUGAAUUGUACAACUGUCAAGAUGAGAGCUGCUACCGUGAUCUGGCCAGACUGAGGGGAGUCCAUUACAUGACUUGGCAGAAAAGGGACAAAGUGUUCCCCCAGGAUAAGGGUCACCACCCUACUCUUGGGGAACAUCCUAAGUUUACCAACUACACGUUUGAUGUUGAGGAGUUCAUGCGGUUAGUCUUUCUAGCGGCUGAAUAUGUGACCCGGCAUCCGGCGUGGCGCGCAAAACAGGCUCGAGAUGAACUGUAGCCUGUAAGACACGGUGGAGAUAGAUGAACACACUC